GGAUCACGUGCCGAUCUGGGCAAUCAUAAGCUGACCCACGAAAAGAACGAGGCCGCCAUGACGGAUUACACGCUCGCGAAGCAACGCCCCUCUAUCGACGUCCGGGAAGAGGGUGGCCUGUUCAAGUGCUCCGAAUGUGGCAGCGUCUUUGAGCAACGGUUCAUGUGCGUGCGGCACAUCUGGAGGCACAAUUUGCAGAAGCCGGAGUUUUUUGUGUGUGGGACGUGUCAGAAGCAAUUCAAUAAGAGGUCCAAUCUGGUGCGGCACGAAGCAAUGCACGAGAGAGAAAAAGCGGAACCUCCGAAGCCGAAGAAACCGCCCAAAUUUCAUUGUGAUAAAUGUCAAAGGCCAUUCUGGAAAAGACACAAUCUCAACAGACACCAGUUGGUGCACGAUAAGGAGGAGGCCAAUUCGAAAGGGCAAACAAUUGAAGCAUAUUUGAAAUCUUGAAACGAUUACUUAUUUCAAACAGUACAUGCAUUCCAGCGUCAAUAAAUGAGUAAACAGUGAAAA